AUGGAACCUCUACCAGGCCGCAAUGCACUGGUACCUCCUCAACCUGGAGAGAAAGUUGUGAAUUAUCUGACUCGUCCAGUGGAUACAACCACAGAUUUUGAAGGAACAACUAGUCUUCAACCUUCUCAACCGGCAUCAUCUGGAAAUGCCAUUUCUGGGAGCAUGGCAGGGCCUCAUGUAAUGCCAAGUAGAUCUGUCCCUCGGCCCAUGCCAAUGGUUGGCAUGCAAAGGAUGCAACCUCAGGGUUUAACGGGUUAUAAUCUCAGUUCUCAGGCAGGGAUGGGUGGUCAAAUGAAUCCUGGGGGCAUCCCAAUGCCACGAGGUGUUACUGCCCAGGCUCAUCAACAGCAGCAGGCAUCAUCUGGAAAUGCCAUUUCUGGGAGCAUGGCAGGGCCUCAUGUAAUGCCAAGUAGAUCUGUCCCUCGGCCCAUGCCAAUGGUUGGCAUGCAAAGGAUGCAACCUCAGGGUUUAACGGGUUAUAAUCUCAGUUCUCAGGCAGGGAUGGGUGGUCAAAUGAAUCCUGGGGGCAUCCCAAUGCCACGAGGUGUUACUGCCCAGGCUCAUCAACAGCAGCAGAUGAGAAGAAAAGACCCAGGAAUGGGAAUUACAGCAUACCCUCCGCAACAGAAAUCGAGGCGCUUCUGA